GUCGUCCCCACAGACCUUCUCUCACCACCAUGGAGUUCGACCUGGCCGCAGCCGUCGACUCCAAGGAGCCCCAGGGGACAGGCCAAGUGGGAGACCACAAACACAGCCCCCACAAAGUUCAGGCCGCGUCAGAGGCGGGGGCGGCUGAUAAACCGAGGGGUGGCGGUCACCGCAGCUCCUCAGACUCCAGCAGCGACAGCUCCAGCGACUCGGACAUGGAAGCAAAGCCUCCCGCUGCCGCUUCCGAAGGGCACAAGAGCACGCCGGCCAAGGUCAAGAAGCCCAAGGUGAAAAAGAAGGAGAAGAAAGGGAAGGCGAAGAAGGAGGCUCCUCACUGACGGGCCGGGCGAGGCUCAUUAAACCUUCUCUCGACUCUCUGGUCGCCUUCUGGUCGCGAAGUGGGGCACCGGCCCCGCCCCACCCAUCCCCCUUCCCGGGCCGGGC